UGAAGUGUCACUUCAGACAGACUGACCCGAGACUGUGUGACAAGCCAGUCAACGCUGCUGCUGUUGGAAUGGUCGCAGAGAUGAGCAGCCAUAAAUGUGAAGGCACCGGACCGGUAUGGCGGUUCACCUGAAGCAGCACCGAUGCCUCGUGAGAAAGGAAGCCGAGAGAGCAAUGCUACCAGGACUGUAGUGUGUAUAUCUUUAAAGGUGACAAGCGUUGUAAAGAAGCUCCAGCACGCUGAGCUCGGAGCGGGAACGAUUCACGAAUUGGACUUGAGUGCGUGCAGAACCACGAGGAUGCGUGGAAAGGAGAACGGUCGACAGCAGCGGGCGAGCUGUUGUCGUUCGCGACACACGACAAGUGGCAGUCAAGGGAAGAAGAAAGGCAAAACACGGAACGAGCAUGCAUGGGACGCAAGAUCCAAAGCGUCGGGUUCACGAUGGGUGCACAGGUGAAUGCUGCAGUUAGGGCGGUCACAAUUUGGAGUUCCUACUAUUCUAUUUGGGCAUACCGCAUAAAGUAUGUAGGUUCGAGGGCGAUGCACCGUGUUCAGGUUCGGAGAACCACACCAAACAGCAUCCUGGAUAUCUGCCACCGUCGGCAGGUUAAUCACUGGACAGGCAAGGAG